AAAGAAAUAAAAGAGAAAGUACGAUUGGAGGAAGCUAAAAGGAAAGAAAAGGAGAUAACAAAGGCUCUGGAGAAGAAGAAGACCAGACAAGCAAAUGAGGAGAAAUGUAGACUUGAGCAAGAAAAAAAGAAAAAAAUGGUGAUGAUGAAAAACCUGAAGAAGGACAAAGAAAAGGCCAAGAAAAUGUUAGCUGAAGCAGAGAAACUAAGAGAACGUGAGGAGAAGAAGUGCUUGCAGAAAGAGAAGGAGCGCAAAAAAGCUGAGAAAAGGUUAGCUAAAGCUGAGGCAAAAAACAACGCAAAAGCUGUUGAAGAGCUACAAAUGCAGGAAGAGGAAAAUAGAAAGCAUCAACUAAACACUAAGGGAACAGCAGAGAUGAAGAAGGAACAGGAGAGGACAGACAACGACAAGCCAAAGAGAAUAUUACUGACAGAGAACAUCAUUUUAGUCCGUCAGGCAAACAGGAUGGACAGACACAAGACCCCAUCACUGAAGGAGUCAGACUCAGAGGAGUGGGCAGAUACAGAUGGUGAUGAUGAGUCUGAGACUGACUGGUGAAGACUGAAUGCCCAAUCACUUGUGGAAGAAGGAGAUUUUCAACACUUGACAUGCAACAGGGUUUCAAAAGGAGUUAGGGAAGGAUAAGUGGUAAAGAGACAACAAGACAAA